AUGUUGCCUACAAAUAUUAUACAGAAGGUCAAGCGAUUAUUGUAUCACGGAGAUGUAUUUGGCGCCUUUCAUAAUAGUACGGGAAAUAUCAGCACCGUAGAGCAUAUCAUUCAAGAACCAGAGGGUCUGCAAAGUCUAAACUAUACGACGGUCUCCAGUUUUAACUCUUUUGAGAAAAUGUUGCAGAAAGGUGAUUUCACUACUUUGGAACUAAUUAGUGCAGGCAUCAAAAUGUUUUUUUCGUAUUCAGUAAGUAAAUAUGCUGUUCUAUGUUAUAGUACCGCCAUCAUAUUGAAUAGAUUAUCUGUAAUGUCUUCUCUGAGAUCAAAUUCAACAAGCAUUCGUUUACCACCUUGGUCAAAAACCUUGCUUCAUUUAAUAGCUAUUCUGUCACUGAUUAACGCCCUUUCACAAAUUCUGGGUCAGUUCGGUUACAUACAUCAAUUGCGCACAGAUGAUGGGGAUGUCUAUGCCCUGAACAUUUAUUUCUUCACAGCUUUGUCUGAUUGUGUUGAGGUUUUUAUUUCUUCAACGACAAAUGCCUUACUAUUAAAGUGCGCCGACUUUUCUUUAUGGGGCUUGUCAUUGAAUCUCUUCAUCAUAUCCAAGCUAUCUGCAGGGCAGAAACAUAUAGGCGAUAACGUUGAACUUCUGGGAACAGUCUCUCACAGACUAUUAAUCCAUUUAGUAGAACUGCUUCAUAUGAGAUCUUAUAGGCUAUUUGCAGAUUCUGCAUUAAACGUCGGCUUUUUCAUAACCUUCAUCGCUAGAACUUAUUUGAGCGGAUUUGAUUUUAUCAACAUCUGUCUCAUCCACAAUUACUUCCCUAAUUUUUUUUAUAUUUUCGUUAUCCUAUUGGCAUCUAUAGGCAUUUCCUUGAAGGCUCUUUUCACCGGCAAUCUCUUCCGAUUAAUACAUUCGAGGUCUAUAUGGGCUUUAGAAAAGUGGUGGAGAUCAAGUGAUUACAGUGGAGAAGAGGAAUUCAAUGAAGUAGCUCUUUCAUUGUGUCUACUUUUGACAUCAAGGGACCACAACUUGUCUAAAAGAUCAGAUACCGAAAAAACCACUGAUAAAGUUUCCGCGCUGAGUAAUAGUUAUAUGGUCAGCGGGCAUUUGAACCAACUUCAGUCGACACCAGAGGAUUUACUACCUCAUAAGGAAAUUACCACCGGUUCUCACUUACCGGGCUUCAUUAACACGUAUCUGGGUUUGUUCGAAUUAGUAAAAGCCAUACUUUUGAAGUACUUUCGACUCUUGAGAAAUCAUCUUUGGAAUAAAAAUCUGGAAACGAAUAUAGAUCAUAAGCCAGAAGUGAAAAAGUCUAGCAGGAUAGAUUUAAACAGAUAUGUUACGGAAAAGAACUAUAAAAAGUUUUUUUAUAAACCGGAUAUCAAAGAAUGCGAUCCCGAAAUUGAUCUCAGAUACGGGGAGCUAUUACUUCCUGAAGAUGACUCGUCAAGAGACUAUGUUCCUCCUAAACAUAUCAAAGAUAGUGCUCUAGAUGAAGGGUUUGACGAUGACGGUGACAGCCGACUAGUUAUAGAAGAAGAAAAAGAGUUGACACAUUUGUCAAGCAAUAUUGUUGAUUUCGAUAAUUUGAAGGAAAUAGCUUGGAAUGUUUCUAUGUGGUCCAUUUUAAAGUACAAAAUGGAUGAGCAUAACGAAAUCAAGGGGCCGUUAACCAGAUCACAGUACGGUAAGAAAAAUUCAGAAGGUGUACUAGUUGAUGUGGUCAUUGAACGUCUCUUACAUCAUAAGAGUGCUACGCAUGUACACAAACGUUUAGAUAUGAGGGAUGAAGAACCAGGUUUCAAGUUCGAUUAUCCGCUUGAUGGUUGCGAUGAAAUGGAUAAUAUUGAUCUUUCUUGCAUAAUCUGCAAAGUCAACAAGAGAAAUAUUGUAACUUGGCCUUGUCGGUGCCUCGCUUUAUGUGAUGAGUGCAGGAUAUCGCUCGGUUAUAAAGGGUUUGGUACAUGUGUCAGCUGUGAUAAUGAAGUAAGGGCUUAUAGUAAGCUGAAUAUUGUUUAG